GUUCUUCUUGUACUCUCCUGUUUCCUGCGCCCACCCAAAAUGGCAGAUGACUGUCAGAGUGAACAUGCAACAAGUUUUAUGUUAUAUUGACUACAUAACUAAACUAUCAUUGAUUUAAAUUAAUUUAUAGCUAGAAAUUAUUCAUCCGUUAUUAAUCGUACAGUUAAAAACAAGUUGUAGGUACAGAAGAUAUGAGAAAAAUGAACUGAUUUAGAUAGAAUAUUUUAUCGCACCCAUUUUUGUGACCUCAUAUUAUCCUGGGGAUUUAAAUUGUGAUAGACAAGUCCAUUCAAAGGCAACUGACCACAGCCUGUAAUCACUGACCAUGAGGGAAUAUAAAGUUGUAGUUUUAGGCAGUGGUGGUGUAGGAAAAAGUGCACUAACAGUUAAAUUUGUAAGUGGUACUUUCAUGGAAAAGUAUGAUCCAACAAUUGAAGAUUUCUACAGAAAGGAAAUAGAGGUUGAUUCAGCACCAUCAGUGCUAGAAAUUCUUGAUACUGCAGGAACAGAACAAUUUGCAUCUAUGCGAGAUCUGUAUAUUAAAAACGGACAAGGUUUUGUUAUUGUUUACAGUAUAACAAGUUUACAAACAUUUCAGGACAUAAAAACAAUGAAAGAACAAAUACAGAGAGUGAAAGGCAUUGAUGAUAUACCAAUGAUAUUAGUUGGGAAUAAAGCUGACUUAGAUCAUCAAAGAGAAGUACCGUCAAGUGAAGGGGCUUCAUUAUCUCUGGCAUGGGGUUGUCCCUUCACAGAGACAUCAGCCAAAGUUACACAAAAUGUAAAUGAAGUUUUUAUUGAAAUAGUGAGAGAAAUGAACACUAGUCCUGUUAAAGAAAAAAAAGGAUGCUGUGUGAUAGUAUGAAAUAAGGUUUGUACA